GGCGAGGGCGGGGGAGAAUGGCAGUUGCGGUGCUGGUCCCCGGCUGCGGCGGUCCGGCUGGAGUCGCGGAGGGGAGUUCGGGAAAGCGCACGCCCGUCCGCCACACUUGCACCGGCGGCUCUCGCCCUAGCUGAGAAGGUUCUGCUGUGGGGCUGAGGGGCCGUCCUUCCCCCGCCGUCCUCCCUGCGGCUUCUGCCUCCGCGGGAUGGGCCUGCUAGCCCUCCGCCCUGACGAGCUGAGGACAUCUGUGACAACACUCUUCUCUAAUUGAACUUUUUCAAGAUUUUCUGAAGGAACCAACAGGAUUAUUUUACAUCAUGACUUAACCUGAACACAAGAACAAACAAUAAAUUUUAUUUUUAAGUAUAAUGAAGGGCUGUGUAUGAGCACUGACCCACCUCAACUCUAAUGAGCAUUUUAGACAUGAGUUUACAUGGGCAGAUGGGUUCAGAUCGAGAUCUCCAGUCCUCUGCCUCAUCUGUGAGCUUGCCCUCUGUCAAGAAGGCACCUAAGAAGAGGAGGAUUUCCAUAGGCGCUCUCUUUCGGAGGAAAAAGGACACCAAGCGCAAAUCAAGGGACCUCAAUGGCGGAGUGGAUGGAAUUGCAAGUAUUGAAAGUAUACAUUCUGAGAUGUGUACUGAUAAGAACUCCAUUUUCUCUACAAAUACCUCUUCUGACAAUGGAUUGACUUCUAUCAGCAAACAAAUUGGAGACUUUAUAGAAUGUCCUCUGUGCCUUUUACGGCACUCAAAAGACAGAUUUCCUGAUAUAAUGACAUGUCAUCAUAGAUCUUGUGUGGAUUGCUUACGACAGUACUUAAGGAUAGAAAUCUCUGAAAGUAGAGUUAACAUCAGUUGUCCGGAAUGUACCGAACGGUUUAAUCCCCAUGACAUUCGCUUGAUAUUAAGUGAUGAUAUCUUAAUGGAAAAAUAUGAAGAAUUUAUGCUUCGACGGUGGCUUGUUGCAGAUCCUGACUGUCGGUGGUGUCCAGCUCCAGACUGUGGAUAUGCUGUGAUAGCAUUUGGAUGUGCCAGCUGUCCAAAAUUAACCUGUGGACGAGAAGGCUGUGGGACAGAGUUUUGCUACCACUGUAAACAGAUCUGGCAUCCAAACCAGACCUGUGAUGCUGCUCGGCAGGAGAGAGCCCAGAGUUUACGCUUGAGAACAAUACGCUCUUCCUCCAUUAGCUACAGCCAGGAGUCUGGAGCAGCAGCUGAUGAUAUAAAGCCGUGCCCACGAUGUGCUGCUUAUAUAAUAAAGAUGAAUGAUGGGAGUUGCAAUCACAUGACAUGUGCUGUCUGUGGCUGUGAGUUUUGUUGGUUGUGUAUGAAAGAAAUUUCCGAUUUACAUUAUCUAAGUCCGUCAGGUUGUACUUUUUGGGGGAAGAAACCCUGGAGCAGAAAGAAGAAAAUACUGUGGCAGCUGGGAACACUUGUUGGCGCUCCUGUAGGGAUUGCUCUGAUAGCUGGCAUUGCUAUUCCUGCCAUGAUCAUUGGCAUUCCUGUGUACGUGGGCCGCAAGAUUCAUAAUCGCUAUGAAGGCAAAGAUGUUUCAAAACACAAGCGGAAUCUGGCCAUAGCAGGCGGAGUGACACUCUCUGUAAUUGUCUCUCCAGUGGUAGCUGCAGUGACUGUAGGCAUUGGUGUUCCCAUUAUGUUAGCUUAUGUUUAUGGUGUUGUUCCAAUAUCCCUCUGCCGAAGUGGGGGUUGUGGAGUUUCAGCGGGCAAUGGGAAAGGAGUCAGAAUUGAAUUUGAUGAUGAAAAUGACAUAAAUGUUGGUGGAACUAACACAGCUAUAGAUACAACAUCAGUUGCGGAAGCCAGGCACAACCCAAGCAUAGGAGAGGGGAGCGUUGGUGGUCUGACUGGCAGCUUGAGUGCAAGCGGAAGCCACAUGGAUCGAAUAGGCACCAUUAGAGACAACUUGAGUGAAACAGCUAGCACCAUGGCACUAGCUGGAGCUAGCAUAACGGGAAGUCUGUCGGGAAGCACCAUGGUAAAUUGUUUCAACAGGUUGGAGGUACAAGCAGAUGUACAGAAAGAACGGUACAGUCUAAGUGGAGAAUCCGGCACCGUGAGCUUGGGAACAGUUAGUGAUAAUGCCAGCACCAAAGCAAUGGCGGGAUCCAUUCUGAAUUCCUACAUCCCUCUGGACAGAGAAGGAAACAGUAUGGAAGUGCAAGUGGACAUUGAGUCAAAGCCAUUCAAGUUCCGGCACAACAGUGGGAGCAGCAGUGUGGAGGACGGCAGCGCCGCCCGAAGCCACAGCGGUGGCUCAUCCAGUGCAUUGCCUGAAGGCAGAUCUGCUGCCAAGUGGUCCAAAGAAGCAGCAGCAGGAAAAAAAUCAAAAAGUGGUAAACUGAGGAAAAAGGGCACCAUGAAGAUAAACGAGACCAGAGAGGACAUGGAUGCCCAGCUGUUGGAGCAGCAAAGCACGAACUCAAGUGAGUUUGAGGCGCCGUCCCUCAGUGACAGUGUGCCCUCUGUAGCCGAUUCCCACUCUAGUCACUUUUCUGAGUUUAGCUGCUCAGACUUAGAAAGCAUGAGAACGUCGUGCAGUCAUGGUUCCAGUGAUUGUCACGCCCGCUUUGCCACUGUGAACACCCUCCCUGAGGUAGAAAAUGACCGUCUGGAGAAUUCACCACAUCAGUGUAGCAGUUCUCUGCUUUCCAAACCCACUUCCGGUUCUGAAGUUGCGCAGCCCAAUCCUGCUGCAGAGGAGCAUGGCACCAGCAGAAGUGGGCUGAAGCUGAGUGGGGAUCUGUGCUUUGGUGACACACUAAAAGAAGCGAAUAACAACCACCCACAUCCGACCGUGGACAUGAAAGUUGCUAUUCAGACUGAAAUUUAGGCCCAUGAUGCUGCAGAGUAAUAACCACUCAACGCCCAUGUUUGGAGCUGGUUGAGCCAUGUACGACUGUUAAGUUACCAGCAAAAGCCAGGUUUCAUAAUCAUAAUGCAAAUACAUUCUGUAUGUUUAGCUGAGCGUUGUUUCGUGUGGAUGUUAAUCACCAAAUGUAUGAAAUGGAGGCUUUAAAAGUGCAUCAUCAUGAGAAUAAUAACUUAAGAAAAAAAGCAUGUUUUGUGUUCUUGUCACAAAACAUUACUUGAUGCACAUACCUGUGUAUUUAGAUAGAAAUUUGGCUUAAUUUAUAAUCAUAUGAUACUAAACGCUCUUCUACUGCAUUCUGAAGGAAAAUCGAGACUGGGGGAUAAGUGGUUAGUGACAUUUUAUUGAAACCACUAAGGAAUUGUGUUUAGAAGAAUUUGGCAGGUUUCUCAGUGUAUGAUCUUCUUUGUAACAUUUCUCUUCAUAACUGAGCUUAAAUUUCAUUUUUCUUCACAUGCAAUGUGGACAUAAAGCUUAAUGCAGCCCAUGGGUAACCAUUUGGAUACUUAGACACUUGAGCAAGAUUGUGGCAGUCUUUGCACAACUUUGAGCUAGAAAUACUUGGUACUGUUAACAUGUCUCGUGUAUUGUUGAUGCCAUUUUAGAAGAAAAAGGUAAAAGUAGGUAACUUAAGUAUACUGACAGCAACAAACAAGACAUAAAACUACAAAAUACAAUUCCAUUAGGACACAAGUAUCACAAAAAGUCACCUUUCACUAGGGAAAGUUAGUGCCCUUUGAUUCUUGGUGCCUUUGGGAGAGACUGGGUUAUACGAACCUAGUUAUUUGAGGAUUUUGCUGUAUCAUUUCCCAUAAUGUCUUCUCUAGUCACCUUGGAUUAUAUAUAGAAAAAUACAGAAAAUAGAUAAACAUGAAUGUGAUUAUUAACUAUGCUGAAAAAGUAUUCGCCUACCAAAGACACACUCAGGCUUUAGUAAAUUUAAUGUUACAUAACCUCAAUUUUUAACGUGUGUAUCUUUUCAAACCAUGAAAAAUCAAAGCAAUUCAGAGCUUGCACCAAGUUUAUACAAAAGGUCUCUGACUUUGUUUCCUUUUGCUUUUGUUUAUGGAGGCUAUUCAGCUGACAGAAGCAGAAGUUGGCCAAAAUACUGCCUAUGCUAUUAACUUUCCACGUAACUGUCCUGGCAGACUAACCUCAUGGCAGUCAGAUACCCACUUAGGUUUUUCUUUCAAGUGUUACCAUUAUGGUGCUACUGAGCAUUUUCUUUUGAUAAAAAAAGAAAAUGUCCCGGGCUGCAGCCUCUUACCGUCAUUUUCCUCACUGCGUCCAUUAAUUUUGCUUAUAUAACACUAGUGCCAGUUAAUUUUAUUUGGUAAUGCUUAUUAUGAUAUUUGUAUAUUUGUUUGCAUUCCAGUUUUGUUCAGUAAUGAGUGUGUAAACAGCAUAUAUGAAAUAAAUGUAAAUACUAAUGAA